UCGCGCCUCCCAGCACGGCGCCUUGCGAUUGGCCGCCGCGUCGUCCGUUCCCGAAGAAGAGGAAGUGCGAUUGGCCGCCGGCUGGGGCCGCUCUCCCGAGGACGGUGAAGCGGUGGCGGAGGCUGCGUGCGGGGUCUGCCGCAAAUGAGUGCUUUAGCCAUGUGAUGAUGAGACUGAUGCACAAUGCCUGAUCAGGACAAAAAGCUGAAGAGCACAGAAAAAGCAACAGACGAAAAACCUCAUGGGAUUUCUAUGAGGGACUAUUCUGACCUUCAAAGACUUCAGUCUAUCUUAAAUGCUCCAUCAAGUAAACAACAGCUUUCAGCUAUACAUUUUGAAAAUGGUCAAAUCAACAUAACAAGAUCUCUGCAAAAUGUCAGAAGUGAUGGACAAAAGCUCCAUCGUCAAUGGCAAGAGUCAACUGAAGCUGUUGAGCUUGAAAACUUUAGUGUGACCUACAAGAAUGAGAGAAAUUUUAGCAAACAUCCCAAACAUAAGCUGUUUCAAGAUAUUUUUAUUGCUUUAGUUAAGAACAGAUUUAACUGCAGGGAAUGGGUUAAUCAAGCUCCAUCCAUCCAUUUUCUUAGAGUAUUAAUCUGCCUGAGAUUAUUAAUAAGAGAUCCAUGCUAUCAGGAAAUUCUCUACAGCUUGGGUGGGAUUGAAAAUCUAGCUCAGUAUAUGGAAACAGUAGCAAAUGGCUAUCUAGAUUGUGGAGAAGAGAAACAUGUAGACAAGUUGGUCAACAUGACAUACAUUCUUCAAAAGAUUGCUGCUGUUAAAAAUCAAAGAGAAUGGGUUAUAGCAAGUGGAGCACAUAAAACCUUAGUAAAUUUGUUAUCAGCCAGAGACAGCAAUGUGCUUCUGGGUGCUCUCCUUGCCCUGAUUAGCUUAGCAGAAAGUCCAGAAUGUAGGGAGAAGAUAAGUGAGCUCACCAUUGUUGAGAACUUGCUGGUGAUAUUACGUGAAUACGAUUUGCUUUCUAAAAGGCUUACAGCAGAGUUGUUACGUCUCCUCUGUGCUGAGUCACAAGUCAAAGAACAAGUUAAAAUUUAUGAAGGAAUUCCAGUUUUGCUCAGUUUACUCCAUUCUGAUCACAUCAAGCUUUUGUGGAGUGUAGUUUGGAUUCUGGUACAGGUUUGUGAAGACCCUGAGACUAGCGUGGAAAUCCGGAUUUGGGGUGGAAUCAAGCAGCUACUUCAUAUAUUACAGGGGGAUAUAAAUCUUGUUUCUGAUCGCUCUUCAGUUGGAAGUUUAUCUAGUGCAAAUGCAGCAGGGAGAAUUCAACAUCUUCAUUUGUCAGACGAUUUGAGUCUUGAUGAGAUACAAGAAAAUACUUUCUCCCUUCAAGCAGCAUGUUGUGCUGCAAUUACUGAACUGGUGCUCAAUGAUACUAACGCUUACCAAGUAGUACAGGCAAAUGGAGUAUAUAUAAUAGCAAAACUGGUUUUACCAGACAAAGAAAAGAAUGCUGAAAAAGCUUAUUUAUUACAGUGCUAUGCUUUCAGAGCCCUGAGAUUUCUCUUCAGUAUGGAAAGAAAUAGACAUAUCUUCAGAAGACUUUUUCCUACUGACUUGUUUGAAAUCUUCAUUGAUAUUGGACAUUAUGUGCGUGAUAUUAGUGCUUAUGAAGAGCUGGUGUCAAAGCUGAAUUUAUUAAAGGAGGAUGAAUUGAAGCAAAUUGCUGAAAGUAUUGAGAGCGUCAACCAGAAUAAAGCACCUACAAAACAUAUAGGCAAUUAUGCAAUUUUAGAACACCUUGGCAGUGGAGCUUUUGGAAAUGUAUAUAAGGUUAGAAAACAUAAUGGACAAAAUCUUCUGGCAAUGAAAGAAGUCAAUUUACACAAUCCAGCGUUUGGAAAAGACAAAAAAGACAGAGAUAGCAGAGUACAGAACAUUGUCUCUGAGUUAACCAUCAUCAAAGAGCAGCUUUAUCAUCCAAAUGUUGUACGUUAUUAUAGAACCUUCUUGGAAAAUGACAGACUGUACAUAGUCAUGGAACUCAUAGAUGGGGUGCCAUUGGGAGAACACUUUCAUUCUUUGAAGGAAAAGCAACAAAAAUUUACAGAAGAAAGAAUAUGGAAUAUAUUUAUCCAACUUUGCCUAGCUCUUCGUUAUUUACAUAAAGAGAAGAGGAUUGUUCAUCGAGAUCUCACUCCAAACAACAUCAUGCUGGGGGAUAAAGACAAAGUUAAAAUUACUGACUUUGGUCUUGCAAAGCAAAAGCAAGAAAACAGCAAACUUGCAUCAGUAGUGGGAACCAUUCUAUACUCUUGCCCUGAAGUUGUAAAGAAUGAGCCAUACGGAGAGAAAGCUGAUGUCUGGGCUGCAGGAUGUAUCCUUUAUCAGAUGGCAACUCUGAACCCACCAUUUUACAGCACCAAUAUGCUCUCCUUGGCAACUAAGAUAGUAGGGGCUGUGUAUGAACCUGUGCCGGACGGACUGUACUCUGAAAAAGUGUCAUUUACCAUUAAGAGGUGCUUGACCCCUGAUGCAGAGACACGUCCAGACAUAGUGGAGGUCAGCUCGCUGCUGUCUGAUGUGAUGAUGAAAUAUUUGGAUGUUUUAUCUACCUCCCAUCUCAUGUUGGAGAAGAAACUGGAUCGGGAGAGAAGACGAACCCAGAGGUACUUUACAGAAGCUAACCGAAAUGCAGCAGCCUGUCAACAUCAGCUUUCUAUUUCACCACAAAACCAUUAUGACAAGUUGAGACUUCAAGGAAGCACCACUGGAACAGCAAGUUGCCGAAGUGAAUUUUCAGAAAACCUUGGCAUCCUGGCAGAGAAUUGCCAUUCUACAUGUAGAAAAGAUGAAAAGAGAACAUAUGAAGAAAUCCUGACAGAGGAUAACAGCAGUUUAGAGAACUCUGAGAAAGAUUUGUUCUCAGAAUUAGAUGAUGAACUCGAUGUAUUGGACAAUUCAAGUAGUUCCAGUUCAAGGCAUUUGAAAGAGUCUGCUUCUGGUACAAAUGCAAGCCUUGGUACUUCUGAAAGACAACCUCAGAUUAGAGCCUGUAUUGAGGGCCUGGGAUCAAGACUGCGACCAGCCAAUAGCAACAAAGAAGUCAAAUACUACUACAAGAUAGGAACCAGUGAAAAAGCAUCGGCAGGAAUUGCUGUAUCACAAAGGAAAGUGCGUCAGAUCAGUGACCCUGUUCAGCAGAUUCUUAUUCAGCUGCACAAAAUUAUCUUCAUCACUCAACUUCCUCCAGCUUUGCAGUGCAGCUUGAAAAGGAGAGUCAUUGAGAGAUUCAAGAAGUCCCUCUUCAGUCAGCAGAGCAAUCCUUGUAAUCUGAAAUCAGAAAUGAAAAAGCUGCUCCAAGGUUCUCCUGAAUUGAUUGAUACCAACUUUUUUACAGCAGAUUGGCAUAUGGUACUUCUCUCAUCUUCUGGCAAUGUGUUAGUUCCAGAAGAUAGAAAAGGUACUGUUGGCACUUCUGACAUAGCAGAAGGGAUGACAUAUGAGCAGUUACAGACCUUAAUUGAGGAGGUUCUAGAGGAAAGUGGUUAUUACAAUUUCUCUUCAAACAGGUAUAUUUACUAUCCAACAAAGAAUUAUCCAGCAAAAGAAGAGAACUCAUAAUUCUGAUCAAAAGAUUCAGAACUGUUUCCAGUGAAGACAAACUGCCUGUAUUUCAGCCGAUGCUUCUAAUUAGCGAAGAGGAAACUUUUGCUCAUCAAACAUCAACCUGAAGGAAUUUCAAUGUUGAAAGUCUUCAAGAAACCUCAUGAUUUUUCAGGAUUAUAUUUAUAUCUUUAGCUUUGUUUACAGCAUAAGCACUUUACUGGGAAAAAUGCUUCCAGGUUUAUACAUUAGGAGAAAAGCACAACUCCCAGAAGUACAUAUCUCCUAUUUUUAUAUACCUUUUAAAAAUAGUUGUUGCAUAGUUUCUGGAAUAAUAAUUCAAAGCCUGUAGCCUUAUGUCCAUUUAUGUCUUCUAUGGAAAGAAAAAAAGCUUUCUAAUAUCACCACACAGAAAAUAUAUGUAGACUCCCUGCAUGAGAACUAAGAACAGAUUAAACAUCAUCGGUGUGAUUUUAAUAUUUAGAAUUCUUUUCUGCUUACAAUUGGAUAGAGGCAAAAUCUAAUGCCAGUAUGACAUUAAUAGUUAAUAGUCUUUUUCAGCUGGUGUAGCACCUGAAUGUACUGUUAUUUUUAAAAAUGUUGUUUUUAAUGCUGUUUGAAACUGUGUUUAUUAUAUGUCAGUCUUUAGGCAUAUUUUGUAUAUACAUUCAAUUAUUAACAGACUAAAUUAAAUACAUGCUUUGCUGCUAAUCAAAACUGUAGUACUCAAAAGCACUUUGAGAAUUUCAACAUUUAUUCGCUAUACAUUAAAUGAGAAAAAAGCACUUUGAGAAUUUCAACAUUUAUUCGCUAUACAUUAAAUGAGAAAAAUAUCUCACUGCAGUAGUGGAGAAACUUUGUUAUUGUUGUUGUUGUCUACAGUUAAGUAAAGAGUGCUAUAAAGUAGAAAUGCUUUUCUCUGCAGUGGCAAUCAUAACUGUUGAAAACAACCAGAAGACACUUGGUGACUUAGUUCUGCUAACUCUGUGGAAAAUGAUUGACAUUAUAUUCAUUAUAUAACAAUCAGUGAAUAGUUAAAUACAGAGGGAUGUUCUGCACUCCUACAGGGUGCAAAGUCGUCCCCUGUCCUCCCUGUUCCAGUGUUUGUUUGUAACUAUAAAUUGCUAACUAGCAUUAAUUUCCUAUCAAUUCAAGAGCAUUAUUUCAACUAUAAUGAGUGACUUUAACAUUCCAAAUUGUGAAGCUGAGAAAAAUGACCCUCUUUUCAUAUAUAUGAUGUGUAGAAAGUCAUCAGGUGCUGUCUUUCCACUUACCUAAUAGUAUAGUUGCAAUAGCAGAGGUAUAUUAAAUGCUGCUUUAGAAAUCAAAUUAAAAAGGCAAAGUUGGUCAUGACAUAUUCUAUGGUGAAGAUAUAGAUAAAAGUGUUCUGGAGAAGGAAAAUAGCAUAUGCAGUCCUUGUGGAAUGGUUAAUGUAAAGGAGAAAAAAAGAGUUUUGUCUUCAGUCAAAUAUUCUCAUUUUAGUAAUUACCACCACUGCACAUCCUUUAAUUAUCUCCUACUUUCUUUUCUCCCUGUAGCUACUGCCUCAGGUUAUUCUAAUCUUUUUUUAUGAGUGUAUCUCCUUAUGCCUAUCUGAAGGAGAGUGCCACCUAACAAUAGGCAGUGAUUGACGGUGACAGUGUGCCAUGCCUACUACUUUAUCACCACAUCUUACUGAAUACAGACAUCAACUUUAAAUUAUUUUCUUUUAAGUGUACUUUUAACCAGUAACUUCUAUAUGUCAUCUGUUUUAAUGACAAAAAUUAGACAUUGUAUAUUCUGUAUCUAGGCCAAAAUGAAAAUGAAUGUUUUUAGUCUGGCUAUCUUCAAAAACAGUCAUUUUCUACCUGGCAAACCUGAAGGUAGCCAUGGUAUAAUUUCCCCUGUUUUUUUAAUGUAUCUUUAGAAAGCUAAGGCAAACUCCUUCAUAUUUUGAUGUAAGAAAGUUCUUGGAUGUUUUGCCUGACCAAGACAUAAAAGAUACCACCAGUUAGUGUUUUCAAAAUAAUUUUAUUUGCUGUAGAUGGUGCACUUCUAGCAAUGUUACCAUUAAAAUGUCUGAAAAUUUUGAACAGUCUUUUGAGACAAGAAUGCUUUCUCCCAGCUUCUCACAAACCUACAGCUAUUAACCACUCUUUGACCUUGUGCUGAUACUGAUUUUAAAACCAACAGUUUGGACAAAUUGGUGUAACGAUAAGGAAAAUGGCUGCAUUAAAAUGGUAGACUGUUGGUAUAAUGCAUCUCAGUUGACCCUGUGUAUCACUGUGCAUACCACCAAUACUAUCAAGGGUCAAUGUUGCUAAAUGAACACAUUUGGAUAUUAUAUUGCUCUGAAUAAUGCUGAAAUGAGUCAUUUGAUUGCUUCCAAACUGGAAAUGUAGAUUUCUUAAAAAUGAAUAUUCACAAAGAACUAUAGAAGUAAUUUAGUGAUGGUAAAUACAAAGAAUACUGCCUAUUUUGGCUAGUCGGUGAAUUCCUACUCUCUUAUGACAUUUUCUUAUAAAUAAGAAUUUACAUAUAUUGUUUGGGCAUAAUUUUGUGAAAAUGAAAUAUCUGUGUGCAUCAUUAGAUUUAAACCAUAUAUACAUUGCAAAUGAGAUUUUCUUAGUACAUUGCGUUUGUGAUGCAAUGCUACCUGUGAAGAACAGCAAGCAGUUCAGAGAAUUUUUAUUCAUCUUGAUCUCUCUUUAAGACCCUUAGACUGGCUGCAGUGAAGUACCUGAUAUUAUGUAGUGUUCUGCUUUCUAUUGUUCAUGCUUUUGCUUACUUUUUAUAGUCAUCUAAUUGCAAAUUCAUUCUCAGGAGAAUGCACUCUCAGAAUGUCAUGCAGACUGAUUUAUGUAUCUUUUGCUCUAUCUGACUCAUUUCUCAGUCCUCUGUCAUAUUCCUGAAUAAUCAAAUGUUGACAGUAGAUAAAAUAAUGAGUUUUAUUCCAUGUGAGGAUUCCCGGUAACAGACACAAAAUAACAUGUGUAAAAGAUUGUAUUUCUUACAGUCACUGUAACUUACAGAAGUACUGCCUCAUUAUUGGUAUUUCAUACCAAGAAAUUUGGCAACUAGCUCAUGGACUUAUGGAAUUAUGCAAAUUAAAGAAGAAAGGCCAACCACACUCAUUGUUAAAACCAAGAAAGCUCUUUGUGUUGACUUUCUCAAACUCCAUAAUAUACACACUUCUAGCAUGUCUGUAACUUGUGGGAAAUUCUAGCCUGCUUUUGGGAAAAACUGGCAAUUAGGAAUCUCAGGUGAGGUGAAAGGAGAAAACCACUUGAGAAUUUUUGUUUUGAAGUAUGACGUAGCCAUGAGUCUGCAUUUAAAAUCUUCAGAUCUGAAAGUUAGAUUGUUCAAUUUGACUACAAAGACAACAGCAAUUGGAAAAGUCUUCUGAGUCAUUUCGUUUCUUAACUCUGAAGGAAGCUUUAUUACACAAAUCCUUUUUAUUCAGCUGUUCUCAACAGUAGAUGGUGAGGUCCACAACAAGAAACUACUCAUUUAAAAAUAUUUGACAUCUGAGUCCUCAAAUUCCCUAUGAAACUGAAAACUUGCAUCUAUUAGAAUUUUGAACCCUUGAUUAAACAAAACUGCCAUGUUUUGCCCUAAUCUUUUCCUACUUUCAAAACAGCUCCAGUGUGUUUUUAAUUUCACCAACUACAACACGUUCCUUGACUUAUUCUGUAACUGCACUUACUCAGUUUUGCUCAGAACUUCGAUGUAUUAUAGCUACUUUACUAUCUUUUGUCUGCCUCCAUCUCCAUUGGUACGCCACACAAAUAUAGAUGGUGUUGGGAGUUUGUCUCAGCAAUGAAAUUGGUAAUCUGCUACGCUCAAGAUCUUGUUUAUGGAAAGAGGCAGUAGAACAUUUUUAUAUGUUUGUGUAGAGAUAUGUAUAUAUGUAGAGAGAGAGCACUAUGAUUUUUUUUUAUUUGUAUAUUUGGAAUCUUAGCAAUCUAACUCAAGAAUCAUUGUUAAUCUAAAGCUGGUACAGAAAAGAAAAAAUGAAAGAAUAAGAAUUCAGUUAAAAUGGCUUUGCAAAAAUUUCUUUUCUUCUCAUUUUGAGGGGGUUCUGCCACCCUUUCACAGCUCCUAUGUUUCCUAGGGUCAGUGGUUUAAUUCUGUUGGGGAUGUUACUAAGAGUUGUCAACAUCUGAGUCCCAUGCCAGGAGGAACGUGAUAUUCAUAUUGAUGGCUUCUUCCUCCUCAUCCUAGGACUCACCACUAAAUGGCUUUUAUACCUUUGCUGUUUCUUCAUUAUCAAUGAAUUAUUGAUCAAAUGAGUGAAACACACCUGGUCAGUCAAAGAAGUCAUGGGUACACCAAGUGAAAUAAAGCUGUAAGCAGAUCAAGAUUUGUUCAGACAAAGCAAGCCUGACAAGCCUUGCAAAUUCAACGUGAAACUUAUGGCCUGUAAUUAGCAACGGUACUACUGUAUUUCGGAAUUAUAGGAUUACAGCUUUAAGAACUUUUUGAAAUGCACUGAUGCCUAUGUAGCCUGUAUACUGCUCUUAAUGCACUCAGAAGGUUUUUAACAUGCUAGCAAUAUUCCUGUGCAUCUGAAAGGAAGGCCAUGCUACAAAAGCGUGGUCAGUAGGGCCUGGCUGAUGCAUCAUCAUCAAUAUUUGUUUGAAAAGAGGCAGCGCUUUAGAGCUUGCCAAAAUGUGCAUUGCUGUUUCUUAGUGUGACUGUGUGGCUGAACAAGUGGGGAGCUAGUUUUCUUUCAGAGCAGCAAACUGACAUGGUAGAAUAAAAAAGAAAAAGCUAAAAACAGAUCUGUUGUGCAGGAGAGAAAAUGAUCCUCUUUGCCAAAUAAGUGAUCUGAAUACUGAGGACUUGAUGCCUGUGUAUCUGGUGCAGCCUGUGCUGCAGUGUUAACAGAUGGGAAGAGAGCACUGUCUUUGUGAACUGAACAGAACACAGCCUUCCACUGCUGUCUUGCAGCCAUCCACUGGGCAUCUGGGCUCUUUCACAGUGGGGCUCCCUAAUAAACGAUUCAACUUCUAGCUCCUGAAAAGUGCAUGGUGAUUAUGAAGAAAUAUUAUUGGAGGGCAGUAAGCCAGACUAUCUACUCUUUAAGCCUACUUACACUUAUCUUUUCUACCUGGUCCUCAGGCAACACAGGGAUGGAGAUGGCCUACAGGAUACCUUUCUAACUGAAU